UAAAAUUAGUUGAUGUCCACGGUAUCAAAGGAAAUUUCAGAACUUCAUUUCACGAGUUAAGGUGCAUCAGUUGGCAUGGUUAUCCUUGGACGCAUUUACCUUCUGCUAUUCACCUACAAAAACUUGUUUUCCUGGACAUGCCAUUUAGCAGAUUUGAAACAUUGUGGAAGAUUGCCGAGCUACCUUCUUUGCAUCAUUUGAAUUUGGAUGGGUGCAUACAUUUGAAAGAAUUGCCGGAGUCAAUUGGACACUUGACCAAACAAGACCAUUUGAAUGUGAAUGAUUGUGUGACUCUAAAACGAUUGCCCAAACCCAUCACACAAUUGACUACUAUGAGUUGCUUGGAUAUGAAAGGUUGCAGGAAUCUGAAACUUUUGCCGGAGCAGUUGGGCGAAUUGAAAGGCUUAAAGAGGCUUGAUGCAAGUUAUACAGCAAUUGAGCAACUGCCAGAUUCAAUUGCUCACUUGAAGAAAUUAGUUCAUUUGGAUUUGAGAGGUUGCAGAAAUCUGAAACUAUUGCCGCAGCAAUUGGGCGAUUUGAAAGGCUUAAAGAUUCUUGAUGCAAGUUUUACAGCAAUUGAGCAACUGCCAGAUUCAAUUGCUCACUUAAAGAAAUUAGUUUAUUUGUAUUUGAGCAACUGUGAGAAGCUUAGAAAGUUACCUGAGCAAUUUGGGAACAUGGAAAGCUUGGAGAAAUUUGAUGCAGCUAACAGUGCAAUCGAACAACUGCCAGAUUCGUUUUCAGACCUGCUUAAUUUGGUCCAUCUGAAUCUGAGAGGAAGUUCACAGCUGAAGAGAUUGCCUGAGCAGGUGGGGAAGAUGCAGUGUCUAAAAUGGCUCGAUACAUCUUAUACAGCAAUUGAAGAACCUUUCCCGAACUACCAGUCAAUUUAAGAGCAUCUCCAACCCCAAAAACCCUUAGCAAAAACGGUAUAUGUGGCAUCUAGGUGGCAUCUAGAUGGCACUU